AUGCCACCAUUUGAGGGAGAAGGAGGAAAGAAGAGAAAGCAAAACCGCAGACCAACAACAUCUUCAUCAAUCUGCUUAAGCAAAUCCCUCAGACUCAAAAAAGAACACGUUCUCAGCUCCGCAUUGGCCAUUUGCUCUGAAGACUUGACACAUUUACAAUCCAGCAGCAGCACAACAGAGGAUACCUUUUAUCCACUGGCCGAUUCCCCCGAUUGUGAUUUCAAUGUUGGAGAUGAACCAACUGAGGACCAGCAACACCUACCCAAUCCUCAAGUUCAGUUGCUAGCGGACUACUUGCGCACAGAGAGCUACAGACGGAAAAAGCUAUUGGAAGAAGAACUUUGGGAGGCGGUUUACAGAAAAAUGUUUAAAUGGUUCCAUCAAUGUGCAGCAAAGACUUCAAAUUGGGGAGACCAGCUGUGCUGGGAUAACACAGUGUGGAUGCCAAAAUCCUUGAUCAAGAGUUGUGGUCCUUGUUGA